AUGCACGGCCUGGUGCUCACUUCGCUUUUUGUGGCUGUGCUCCUCUUGUGCCAGAUCGAGACAAAGCGCAGCCGUCAGAAAAGCAAGAGGCCAGAGGGAGCCGUGCCUUCGGUGGCGUGCGACGUGCGGGCCGGGAAGAUCAGCCACGCAGAAUUCAUUGCCAGGUGUCCGGCAAACUGCGUGCAAAGCAAGCAGCCGGUGUAUGGAACGGACGUUUACGCUUCCAUCUCCAGCAUCUGCAACGCGGCCAUCCAUGGUGGGGUCAUCACCGACGCCGGGGGAAAGGUGAUUGUGAGGAAGACGGCGGGACAGGACUUCUACAAGGGCAGCUUCUCCAACGGCGUGAGAUCAUUAUCCCUCCCAAAGUGGAGGGAGUCCUUUACUAUUACGGGUCAGUCCAUCAUCAGCACUGUGUGCCGUAUAACAGCUAAGAAAUAG